CGCUUGGCGCGUCAGCCGGUAGCCGCGCCGAUGUGUUGCGGAGCUGCUGCACACUUUAGUAACGUCAGCGCAGGAUAGAAACAGCAGGAGUUUUGUUGGCACUUUGGAAAUUUAUCGUGAUAUUCUUUAAGGAAAUUGUGUCACCAUGAGUCUUCUAGCAAAGAUUGCCGAAAUUGAGGCAGAGAUGGCUAGGACGCAGAAAAACAAGGCCACCGCUCACCAUCUGGGCCUACUGAAGGCACGUUUGGCUAAACUGCGCAGAGAGCUCAUCACACCCAAAGGCGGUGGUGGAGGUGGACCAGGAGAAGGUUUUGACGUGGCAAAGACGGGAGAUGCCAGAAUUGGGUUUGUUGGUUUCCCCUCAGUAGGGAAGUCGACUCUGCUUAGUAACCUGGCAGGUGUUUAUUCAGAAGUGGCUGCAUAUGAAUUUACCACCCUGACCACUGUCCCAGGUGUGAUUCGGUAUAAAGGGGCCAAGAUCCAGUUGCUUGACUUGCCUGGUAUAAUUGAAGGAGCCAAGGAUGGUAAAGGACGAGGUAGACAGGUCAUUGCUGUUGCUCGGACUUGUAAUUUAAUUCUGAUUGUACUGGAUGUACUGAAACCACUCGGGCACAAGAAGCUUAUUGAACAUGAGCUGGAAGGCUUUGGUAUUCGUCUCAAUAAGCAACCCCCAAAUAUUGGUUUCAAGCGGAAAGAUAAAGGAGGCAUCAACCUCACUGCUACGUGUGCUCAAAGUGAAUUGGAUUUGGAGACCGUGAAGAGUAUCCUUGCCGAAUAUAAAAUUCAUAAUGCUGAUGUCACUCUGCGCAGUGAUUCAACUGCUGAUGACCUCAUUGAUGUUGUAGAGGGAAAUAGAGUAUACAUCCCCUGUAUUUAUGUGUUAAAUAAAAUUGAUCAAAUUUCAAUUGAAGAGCUGGACAUUAUCUACAAAGUACCACACUGUGUACCAAUUUCUGCCCACCAUCGCUGGAACUUUGACGAUCUUUUAGAAAGAAUCUGGGAUUACCUUAAACUUGUAAGAAUAUACACAAAACCAAAAGGCCAACUACCAGACUACACCGCCCCAGUUGUCUUGCCAGUAGACAGGACUGCAGCAGAGGAUUUCUGUGCAAAGAUUCACAAGAACCUCAUCAAAGAAUUUAAAUAUGCACUGGUCUGGGGUUCAUCAGUAAAGCACAACCCACAGAAAGUGGGUAAGGACCAUGUUCUGGAGGAUGAAGAUGUUAUUCAGAUUGUCAAAAAGUGAGCAAAUUAAAUACAAUGCUUUCCCCUCGGACCCUAUUCAUCCCUACAUCCGUAACAGUGAUGGGAAUGGCUACCUAAAGUUUAUUGCUAUGGAGAUCAAAGCAAGAUUCUGAAAUGAAGAGAUGCAACUUCAAGUCUGGACAAAAGGCUACUUUAUGUUUAAAGUAUUAUUGGCAGUCUUGCUAACAGUUUCUUUAAACCUGUGUACCUGCCAUGUAUAAAUAAAAUGAACAAUGUAAUAUAAA